CAAUGAAAUAAUGUGACGUCAUAAAAUACAGACGGCAUCAAGGAGAUUUUAUAUGGCGGCUGCGUUGUUUAUCUAGUGAUCAUCAAACGUUUCUAUUUUAUCUUACAUUUUGGAAAAUUAUCUUUAAAUAUGGCUGACCAAAAGCAAAUCACAAAUAAUCCAGCUUGCGAUGGAAGCGUAAAGCAGGCCCCAAUGGAUCCACCUGUACUAGAGGAGUACCAGAGACCACCUUGUGUCCCUUUGAUGCCACCGUGCGCAAUGAAGGUGGUUGAAAAACCGAGGACGCCAACCCCGGAACCAGAGCCGGAGCCCGAACCAGAAAUGCCAGCAUGCCCUUGUCCACCCCCACUUGUGGCUCCAUGUGAGUCAAAGAAUGACAAGGCGACCGAAACACGGGUGGCAUCAUCUCAAAUGAUCCUCCAGCUUAAUUGGUUUCAUAGCAUCAUAAAAAAAUGACACAUUAACACUCUCGUUUGACA